AUGGAGAAAUGGAAGGAAAUCUCGUUGUCUAAGGAGGAAGAAGAGGGUGUUACGGCGGAUGUGGAAGAGAUCGGUGGUGAGGAGAUAUUCCAGAGAACGCUUGCAGGGAAGUUGUGGUCUGAUAAUAGUUUCAACUCCCGUGCCUUUAUCAGUACGAUGAUUGGAGCUUGGAAGCUCAAAAAUCCAGUCGACACACAGGAGCUUAGCAAGAACCUGUUCUUGUUUAGGUUCAGUACACGAAGGGAUCUGGAGAAUGUUCUUCGCAAUGGGCCGUGGAGUUUUGAUAGACAUCUCCUAGUGCUAUCUCGACUCUCAGGUGAGGAGCAACCAUCGGCGCUCAAAAUGCACUUUGAUAGUUUAUGGGUAAGAGUUUAUGAACUACCUCUCCUUCUGAGGACGGAAGCAAUGGCGAAGAAAUUGGGGGGGAUCUUGGGCUCCUUUGAAGAAAUGGAUCAGAGGGAUGUGAAUCGGAACGGAAGAUUUCUUCGUAUCAAGGUGUCAGUAGAUCUACAAAAACCUCUGAAAAGAGGGACUGUGGUUCGCUUCAAGGAAAAGAAUCUCAAAGUCUUUUUCAAAUAUGAGCGACUCCCUACUUUUUGCUUCGUAUGCGGGAAGCUAGGCCAUCAGCUAAAAGAUUGUGAAACGGUUGGUGAGUUGAGUGAAGAGGGUUUUGAAGAAUUGGAGGAACAAGAGUUGGCGUAUGGAACGUGGCUCCGUGCCUCCCCUCUCCCCCGCACUCAGGAAACAAGCAUCAAAAAGGAAUCCAACUCCGGUUCUUGCAGCAAAUCUCUGUUCAACAUAUCAUCGGGACAUAGUAAGGAGGAGAUUAGGAGCAAAGAGAAGAGUGAGGAGGUGGAAGUCAAUAAACCCAAGGAAGUUGAGCAGCGGCCCAGCCCUACGAAGGUGUUGAGGAUUGAGCAAAACACGUGUGAGCAGAACCCGCUUGAGAUUGAAGCAGUUGCUGAGUCCUUCAGUGCUGUAGACAUUUCAAAUGUUGGCGGCAGCAAAGACAAAAAUAAUACGAGCCAGAAGGGAAGAGGGAAGAAAUGGACACGAAGGAAUGUGAAGGGGAAGAAACCGUGGCUGACAAAAAGAAGAUUGAGAAGGAGAUGGGGAAGAGACAGUUAA